AUGUUUAUUAAUUUUACCCAAAUUCCUAAUAACCGCCCCAAGAUUAGCAGAGUUCCUUUUGGCGGUAGGGAGAAGCGGUUUCAGGCUCCGGAGCCGGAAACAAUGUCCAGCGCUGGCUACUUCCCAGCUUGUAGUAGCAGUUCUAGCAGUUUCAAUUAUCUUCUUCCCCAGAUUCCAAAAUCAGCUUCUUCUCCAAAGCCCUUGUCACUGUCCGGGCGAAUCUCGCAUCGCAACUACACCUUUCGGACAACUCGGAAUUUCUCUACAUCAUCGUCGUCAGCCCACUUCGACCUCUCUCCUCCUCCCAUCGACCACGACCUCCUCGAAACUGUGACGGUUGCCGGGGCAAAGUUAUCAGAAGAUGGGAUCAUUGAAACGUUCAAUAACGAUGAGCUGGCACUAGAUGCAGUUGAUACUGGCGUUGUGGUUGUGGAUCUUUCACAUUAUGGAAGGAUAAGAGUCUGUGGUGAAGACCGUAUUCAGUUCCUUCACAACCAAACUACUGCAAAUUUUGAAUGUCUUCAUGAAGGACAGGGAUGUGACACUGUCUUUGUGACGCCUACAGCUCGAACUAUCGAUAUUGCCCAUGCAUGGAUUAUGAGGAAUGCAAUUACGUUAGUGGUCUCACCAGUGACCUGCAAAAGCAUAUGUGACAUGCUAAGAAAGUACAUAUUUUUGGCUGACAAGGUAGAAAUUCAAGACAUCACUAAACAAACAUGCUUGUUUGUGCUAGUGGGACCUAGAAGCAAAAAUGUAAUGGAGGAUUUAAAUCUGGGAGACUUGGUUGGACAACCAUAUGGAUCACAUAGACACUAUACUGUGAAUGGGAUGCCUAUAACUGUAGCUGUGGGAAAUAUCAUCUCGGAAGAAGGCUUUUCUCUAUUGAUGUCACCAGGUGCUGCAGGGUCAGUUUGGACAACUCUCUUAAGUCAAGGGACAAUUCCAAUGGGUUCUAAUGCAUGGGAAACAUUAAGGAUUUUCCAAGGAAGGCCAGCUCCUGGUAAAGAGCUCACUGAUGAGUAUAAUGUUCUGGAGGCUGGUCUGUGGAAUGCCAUUUCUCUGGACAAAGGGUGUUAUAAGGGACAAGAAACCAUUUCUAGACUCAUAACAUAUGAUGGCAUCAAGCAGAGGUUGUUGGGUAUUCGCCUAUCAUCCCCAGCAGAGCCAGGCAGCCCCAUUACAGUGGGUGCAAAAAAGGUUGGGAAACUGACAAGCUAUGUAGUUGGAACGAAUGAAACCGAACAUUUUGGUUUGGGCUACAUCAAGAGGAAAGCGGCUUCUGAAGGCGAUACAGUAACUGUUGGAGACAACGUUGUUGGGACAGUGGUGGAAGUUCCUUUUCUUGCUCGACAGCGUCCUCCUCUAUCAAAGAAUACCAAUUCUUGAUGCUGCAACUCUUUUUAUGUAUUGAUGUUUGCUGGCUGCAUAUAACACUCAGACUGGGCAGCAUUUAUAGGACCUGUAAUGUUUUAAUUAGUUCUUGAAAUAGUCACCAAAGUUCCAAAUAGCAAAGCUUGCUUGAUUGUGUUUGUUAUGAAAUUUGAAAUUUGUGUUGUAUGGGAGCUUGUAUUGAUGGAAAUUAUGAUUAGCUGCCUUCCCAUCCUCUGGUCGAGAAUCAGGAAAUUAUGAGAGAAAUUAGGAGAUAAGCAAGGCAAUUGUGUAUGGUGGAGUGCCAUUUUUAUAGUGGAGUAAUGAAGUAGUGGAAUGCUAUUUUUUUGCGAAUGUUAUUUCUUAGUGUAAAUAAUUGUUGGGAUAGCAAUUAUAUAAAACUAUGUAAGAACUUAUUUGAA